AUGAAAGUCCGUGUCGGUGCGGUUCAAGCUGAGCCUGUCUGGCUUGACCUGAAUGGAAGCGUCGACAAAACAAUAGACAUCAUCAAAGAAGGCGCAAAGGACGGAGUGCAGGUCUUGGGAUUUCCAGAGGUCUGGAUUCCUGGAUAUCCGUGGGGAAUAUGGACAACCUCUGUGAUCGGAAAUGUGGAGAUGAUCCACAAAUACAUGGCCAACAGCAUGACUCGUGAUAGUGAGCAAAUGAAGCGAAUACGACAAGCAGUACGAGAGGCUGGCAUGUUCGUAGUGCUUGGUUAUAGCGAACGGGAUGGUGCGAGUCUGUAUAUGGGUCAGGCUUUCAUCUCUCCUGAAGGAGAGAUUGUGCAUCACCGACGAAAAAUCAAGCCUACCCACGUUGAACGAACACUUUGGGGCGACGGUCAGGCGGAUUCGCUUAAAUGCGUAGUUGAUUCGCCAUUUGGUCGAAUCGGCGGUUUGAACUGCUGGGAGCAUCUUCAACCACUCCUACGAUACUAUGAAUAUGCCCAACGGGUGCAAAUUCAUGUCGCCAGUUGGCCAGCCGAGUUUGAGAUGCCUGAUCCAGCAAAACAACCCUGGCUUUACCAUGAGACGGGAGAAGCCAGCUCUCGUGCAAGUCAAUUCAUGGCGAUUGAAGGGCAAACAUUCGUGCUUGUUGCCAGUCAAGUCCUAACUGAGGAGAACCUCGAGAAGAACAACCUUCUUGGCAAUCAUGUUACCAAGACUCCUGGGGGAGGCUUUUCAAAUAUUUUCGGCCCUGAUGGUAAGGCUCUUUGCGAGCCGGUUGAUCCAGGUUGGCAAGGAGUGCUUAAGGCAGAUAUCGACCUUCAAGACAUCGACUAUGCAAAGACAUUCAUAGAUGUGACGGGUCACUACUCACGACCCGAUCUUUUGAGUCUUUUAGUGAAUCCAAAGGCUGCGAAGCAGGUUACCGAGAUGACAUAA